AUGGGGACUGCGUCAAGUUAUACAAGCACCACCUCAGAGACCAGCCAGGGCAGCCAAAGUCCCCUGCCCUUGGCACUCCCACACACACUUGAAUUUAUGGCCCGGCUGUUCCUGGCAGACAAAGAUGCGAAAUCUCUUCUGAACGGAAAAGGCCGGGAUGGCAUGAACUCUCUUCAUUUUGCUGUCAAGCAUAGCGACGUUCAACUGGUGCAAUUCACUCUCGAGCAUGGCGCAGAUCCAGACAUGCGAGACUCGGAAGGUCAAACGCCACUGCAUCUGGCAGCUCGGAGCACCUCUUCAACAAGCGGGAUGGUAGCAGCGUGUUUAUUGAAGCACGGAGCAGAUCCCAACCUCCUCGCUAAUGAGAAGGUUGACAACAACUUUAACGGCUUCACAGACGUUGCUCCUCUCCACCUCGCCGCAGAUAGAGGCAACUUGCGCGUCGCAGAACAGCUUAUCGAAGGAAAGACGCAGGUUGACAUUAUUGACCCUCAACAUUUCUCGACGCCCCUUUUCACAGCAGUGGCUGCUGGGCAGGCAGGCUUGGUUAAAUUCCUACUUACAAAGGGAGCAAAGGUGGACGGUGAUCCACGCGCACCGGCCACUCCCCUUCAUACUGCAGUCACACAUGAACGAAUCGAUAUACUACAGAUUCUGCUCUGCUGCGGCGCCAAUCUGGACGUCUUAAACGAAGAUGGCAAAUCUGCCAUUCAAAUCGCAGCCUGCAAUGGCUCAAUGGAAACUGUGAAGCUUCUUCUUGCCGUUUCAGGCGGAAAACUCAAUAUGGAGGACGGAACAAGUCGGCCGGCGUGGUGGGCCUAG